CUCGGAUUUUAGACCGAGCGCCGGAGAUAAGCAACGAACGACGUCUCUCCCUGACUGCCGCGUUGCGCUGCGCAUGAUCCUGUCCGCGGUCGAGAUCUCCAUUUCCAAAAACGGUAAGGUUCCUAGUGUAAGUCCGGGCGGCGGGACGCGGCGAGCCGAACUGUGAAGGGACCAAGGUUCUCUGGCCCGGGCCCGCGGGGCAAGAUAAUUCGGAGAAUCAUGCUAUGCUGGGGCGAUGUGAUGUAGAGCGGGCGGGUUCUAGCCUGGGAUCGGUACCAAGAAAGAUAACCUGAAGUGGUCUGUAGUUUUAAAGGACCCUGAAGUCUCAACAAAACUACCGUUGUGGGUGUGAAACAUAUAAUAAGAAGAAAAGCUGCCACCUCAUUUUCAGUUUACUCCUUCUCCAACCCAACAACUCAAACAACAAUGCCUCAACUCGCCGGAAAAGAAGUCGGACCAACAGGCUUCGGCCUCAUGGGCUUCACCUGGCGCCCCAACCCCGUCCCCCAAGAGCAAGCUUUUGCUACCAUGCGCGCCGCCCUCUCCCACGGUCUCAACUUCUGGAACGGCGGCGAAUUCUACGGCCAACCCCCCUACAACUCGCCCAUCCUUCUUGAGCGCUACUUCGAACAAUACCCCGAAGACGCCGACAAAGUCGUUUUGUCCAUCAAGGGCUGCUGCGGCCCGACCGGGAUGCACCCGGACGGAUCCGCGGCCGAAGUCCGGCGCUCUCUGGAUACCGUAAUCCAGCAGUUGAACGGACGCAAGAAGGUGGAUAUCUUUGAGGCUGCGCGCCGUGACCCGAAGGUGGACAUGGAGGAGACGUUUGGGGUUAUGCAGGAGUAUAUUGAUAAGGGAUUGCUGGGGGGGAUCAGUUUGAGUGAAGUCAGCGCGGAGACGAUUCAUAAGGCUGUCAAGAUUACGAAGGUGGUGGCCGUGGAGGUGGAGUUGAGUUUGUUUGCGACGGAGGUUUUGGAGAAUGGGGUGGCGGCGGCUUGCAAGGAGUAUGGCAUUCCGUUGAUUGCUUAUAGUCCUUUGGGCAGGGGGAUCCUAACCGGCCAGAUCAAAUCGCGUGACGAUCUUUCCACGUUCCCGAUGUUGCUUCACUUCCCCCGCUUCUCCGAGGAGAACUUCGACAUCAACCUCCAGCUCGUCCACCAGGUGGAAGAGAUGGCCAAGAAGAAGGGUUGCACGCCCGCGCAGCUGGCCAUUUCGUGGACGCGGUGCCUGUCCCGCCGUCCGGGCAUGCCGGAGAUCAUCCCCAUCCCCGGCGCCACGUCGGUAGAGCGGGUCAAUGAGAACGCCGUGUUUGUCAAGUUGACGGAUCAGGAGAUGGAUGAGAUUGAUGCGACGCUGGCAAAGUUUGAUGUCAAGGGCGCGAGGUACCCUGACUAUAUUCCUGUCAACACGUAAGAGCAGACGGACGUCAAGCUAUGUAUGUGGACAAAUGUCUCAGGACGACAAGAGAGAACGGAGAAACACCAUGGAGAAGUGAUG